ACAAACUCACAGUCGAGCGGUGGAUUUGUAUACGGAAAGUUUCAGUCUCAUUUUGCCGUUCAUCAAGUGUAAACGUGUGUUGCGACUACUCUAUAUUUGGUAAAAGUUGUGAUCUGAAUCAAAUAAAAACAUUUUUUCGUCGUCAUUAUCUACAAGUCAUAAAUUGCUGAUAAAGAGAAAAAAAAAGACUUCAGACAACCAGCGAAAAAUAUUCCAAAAAUUAUAAUCAAAGAAUUGAAGACAAUAAUUGUGCAAAACGAAACAAUUUGCCGUGGUUGUAACGAUUGAGAUUUGAUUGCACCAAUAAUUCAAUUUGACUUGAGUGAACAAAAAUAAAAGUUUUUUUUACGGGGAAAAAGUGAUAAAAAAUUUCGAGUUGAGUUUCUCGUUGCAUUCAAUAAAAAAAUUAAUUUUCAAUUUAUAAAUCUUAAGUUGACAAAGUGAGUAAUUUACCAUACCGCUAAACAUAUAAGACACAACACGAUCAGACAUACUAUAAUACACACCAGAGGUAUCGAAAGAAAAAUAUUUUAAUAAAAAAAAUCACAAAAAUUUUCAUCGAUUCUCGAAUUGAAAUUCAUUCAUAUUCCAACGUAUCAAGUGGAUUUUGUUGUACACAGCCGUUUUGAAUCCGAAAAUUACGCUCAUCAAUAAGCUGAAAUCAAACAGAUAAUGAUCUAUCCAAGAUCUCCACCGCACAUAGUGCUCAUCAUACUGAGUUUAUUGGCUGUAGCAUAUCACAUUAAUGGAUUGGACAAUGGUUUGGCCCGAACGCCACCGAUGGGCUGGCUGAGUUGGGAGCGAUUUCGUUGUAAUACCGACUGUGAAGGCGAUCCAGAUAAUUGCAUAAGUGAAAAUCUCUUCAGAACAAUGGCUGAUUUGGUAGUAAGCGAAGGCUACGCAGCACUCGGAUACGAAUACAUCAACGUCGAUGAUUGCUGGCUGGAAAAGUCUAGAGGUCCUCAAGGUCAACUCGUCGCCGAUCGCAAACGAUUUCCUCGUGGAAUGAGAUCAUUGUCGGACUAUGUCCAUUCCAAGGGACUUAAAUUUGGCAUCUAUGAGGACUACGGUAAUUAUACGUGUGCUGGCUAUCCAGGUAUCAUCGGAUAUGGAAGGUCGGACGCUCAACAGUUUGCUGAUUGGAAUGUGGAUUAUGUUAAGCUGGACGGUUGCUAUUCGUUGCCGUUGGAUAUGGACCAGGGCUAUCCCGAAUUUGGACGACAUUUGAACAGUACCGGAAGACAGAUGAUAUAUUCGUGCAGUUGGCCAGUCUAUCAGAUAUAUGCUGGAAUAAGUCCGAACUUUUCGUCGAUCAUCGAGCAUUGCAAUUUGUGGAGGAAUUACGAUGACAUUCAGGACUCGUGGGCAUCACUCGAAACAAUCAUUGACUAUUAUGGAAACAAUCAAGAUGCUAUCGUACCGAAUGCUGGCCCUGGCCAUUGGAACGAUCCAGACAUGUUGAUCAUCGGAAAUUUCGGUCUCAGCUACGAACAAUCGAAAACCCAAUUCGCACUGUGGGCAAUAAUGGCAGCCCCAUUGCUCAUGUCUGUCGAUCUGCGUACAAUUCGUCCCGAAUUCAAGGCCAUUCUACAGAACCAGAAAAUCAUUGCCGUCGAUCAGGAUCCGUUGGGCAUUCAAGGGCGUCGCAUCUACAAACACAAGGGCAUCGAAAUCUGGUCGCGACCAAUAACACCGAUCUACCAAACGUAUUACUCGUAUGCCGUUGCAUUUGUCAAUCGACGAACGGAUGGAACACCUUCCGAUGUGGCCGUUACACUGCGUGAAUUGGGAUUACAGUCGCCGACCGGAUACCGGGUUGAGGACUUGUACGAAGAUGUCAAUUAUGGAAUAUUGAGCCCGAACACGAAAAUCAAGGUUAAAGUGAAUCCUUCAGGUGUGGUUAUAUUAAGUGCUCACGUUCAACCCGAGCGUAUAACCAGAACGACGUACAACCCACUAAAUUAUUAUCACGUUAAGUAGGUAGAUUCGUUUUUGUGUAAGUCUAAUUUAUAGGGAAACUUAUGUGAAAGUCAAUCGUUUUUAUACAAAGAAGAAAAAGAAAAUCUGCAAAUCCCACACGACGAAAAACAUUUUGUAAUUUUCAAACAUGAAUUGAGUAAUGUGCCAGCCCCAUCUAAGUAAAGUGUAAGCAAAGGAGUGAUUUUGUUUGUUACCCUUAAAGAAAACUAAAUAAAAAAACAU